AUGUCACCAGCAUCAUCAGUCAUCAACAUCAUCAUCUUGACUAAUCAUCGAUUUGCCCAUCUCCUGACAGGAGAUUCCUUUAGGAUAUUCUUGUCUCACUUCACUUUUUUUCUUGUAUUCUUGGCUUCAGGAUGCCUCUCUUUGUUGGUGACAGUACAGGAUACGGAACGGUAUGUCACGCUGUUUGCCUCUGUCGUCCUGAAAUGUGACUAUACUACAUCUGCCCAGCUGCAGGAUGUGGUGGUCACCUGGCGCUUCAAGUCCUUCUGCAAGGACCCUAUCUUAGAUUACUACUCUGCAUCAUAUCAAGCAGCUUUAGCUCUGGGUCAAGACCCAUCCAAUGACUGCAAUGAUAGCCAGAGGACUGUCCGAAUUGUGGCCCAGAGGCGUGGACAGAAUGAGCCAGUCUUAGGUGUGGACUACCGGCAGCGCAAGAUCACUAUCCAGAACCGAGCAGAUCUUGUGAUUAAUGAGGUGAUGUGGUGGGACCAUGGAGUCUAUUACUGUGCCAUUGAGGCCCCAGGGGAUACUGCAGGAGACCCAGAUAAGGAAGUGAAGCUCAUUGUUCUACACUGGCUGACAGUGAUCUUCAUCAUCCUUGGCACCAUUCUCCUCAUCGUGCUGGUCAGUGUGUGCUGGUGCCAGUGUUGUCCUCAGUAUUGCUGUUGCUAUGUCCGCUGUCCCUGCUGUCCAACCCGGUGUUGCUGCCCUGAGGAAGCCCUGGCCCGGCACCGGUAUAUGAAGCAGGCUCGGGCACUAAUCCCCCAGAUGAUGGAAAAACCCCUCUACUGGGGCGCUGACAGGAGUUCCCAGGUUUCAUCUUACCAAAUGAACCCGCUGCUGCAGCGAGAUUUUUCCCCACAGGCCAGCUUUCCUCAGAUGCCAGUGCCCCCAACACCAACUUACCCCGCUGCUGCCAACGGAGUGCUAGAGUACUUAGAGAAGGAACUGCAGAAACUCAACCCUGCCCACUCUCUCCCACUAGAACACAAAGCAAGAGUCGGUCGUCACUGCAGCAUGUUGUCCUCUCUGGGCUCGGAAAUCGUGGAACGCAGGAUUAUCCACCUUCCCCCCUUGGUCAGAGACCCUCCCUCUUCCCAGAUGACCAGUGACUCAUCUCACCAACAAUGGGGCCCCCAGUUUUCCCGGCGACCUCGGGCUCUAGGGGACGUGCAAGCAGAGAGAAGGCAGAAUCAUUACUCUGAUUUCCGCCAAGGGUCACUGGAACCUUGGCCAAAGCUCAAGGCCUCCGAGCAUAGAGGCCGUGAAAACUAUAAGGGUGGAAGGCAUUGGACCUCCAGGGAGGACGUCUCACACACCUCCUGGCCACACUCCGAUAGCCUGAGCGAUGACGGGUCCUACUCCCGGGAGGCCCACUGGCGCCCCAACCACUCCACCCAACGGAGCCGCUCUCCAGGGAGGCGCCAUCGUCCCGGUCAAAGAGAGAGCUCCAAUAGGCCCCGAAGCCACCGACACCGAAGCUACUCCCCGCCAUCUUGCCACAGUUCUUGGAGUUCAGAAGAAGAGAAAGAACGGCAGCAUCGUCAGGGCUGGAAAGGUCAUCGCCCCCCUCAGCCUCCAAGCUGGUCAGAGGAGAAACCACCGAGCUACCGCUCUCUAGAUGUCAUUCCAGGCAAGAAAGUCAGGAAAAAAGGGAAUGAGGAAAGGCGUUCGGAGAGAGAAAGCUCCCAUAGUGGAAGGAGCGUCAUUAUCUAAUACCUGGGAUCUCCUUCUUGGCUGCUCUAUCGUAAUGGAUGACAGUUUUCUGACUUAGAAGCCCCAGAAAUUCAUUCUUCUGAAGUGGACCCCAGGAACCAAGCCUACAUGACCGGAAGCUUUGAGCCUACAUGACCGGAAGCUUUGAGCCUACUACAUUUGACCUUUAGCCUGUCCUUUCAUUCAUUCAGCAAGCAUUAUUAUGUGUCGACCAUGUACCUGUUUUUAAACCCUGGGGUUUCAGAGGGAAGCACAGUGCUAGGCACUGGGGAUACAGAAAGAGACCUUAAUGAAGAUAUAGGGCUACCAAGAACUCAGCUUCCACUGAGGUUCAUGUAUCAGAACUAAGGGUUAAUCUCAGAUAGAACUCAGGAAUCUUUUUGAAGCAGCUGUAUACCCAAGAGGAGCAAGAGAGAUGACUCACGCUGUGUACCUCUGGGUAGAUAGCAGCUCUGAGGGGUGUUUGUAAGGGGAGCAUUUUGUUGAAACUUGGUCUCUACCUGUUUCAUCCUUAGAUUUAUAGCCCCCCAGCUCUGUUCAUUCUGCUUUAGGGUCACAUCCAUUUAAAGGUGCUACCCAUGGGAAAAUAAAAGACUCUGAUUGGUGGUAGUUAUGGGAUUUUGUGAUUUUUUUGGGGGGGGGUGGGGGUUGGUUUUUUGCUUUUUUGUUUUUUUUUUUUACAUCUGUGUGACUGUCUCAGUAGUUUUCAAGUUCUUGCUAUAUACCAGGGACUGUGCUAAGUAAGCCCUGAGGAUAGAAAGACAAAAGUGAAAAAGUCUUUGAC